AAAUUAUGCAAUUCAUACUCGCAAUUCCGCGCCGCAUUUCCCCAGCCAUGGCGUCUCUCACAAACCUCCAGAUCCUCGCGCCAUUCCGCUCAACCUCCUUAGUAGCGAGGACGCCUUCAAAAUCCGUAGAAGCAAGACCUGACUGCUCCGUUUUUUUACACUUACCGCGUGCUUUUCCGACACUAGUACCAUCAUUCUCUGAAGUCUCAGUACAAUGGCGUCUCGGCAGACUCGCAGAUCGGGACCGGAGGCUCAGGAGGCGGUCGAGCCUUACAUGAAAAAAGCGGACCUGAAACAGAAGCACGCCGAUCCCACGGAGGUCGAGCACGAGCAGGCUCUGGCGCAGAAAGGGCAGGAGGUCACCGUAGCGCAAGGGAAGGAGGAACUCCCGGCGUCGUAAGUGCCUCUCAUUCCGGCGUCGUAAGUGCCUCUCUCAUUCCCGCAUCGUAAGCGCGUCCCCAGAUCACCUGUAUCACUUUCCAUCGCCAGCCAGUACAGCUCGCAUCCACGCGCUCAUCAAUUCUAAAGUUCAGGCACAUUCAAUUAUUCCAGAUGCCUUUGUUUCUUCCGAAAUCCGAAAUCUGAAAUCCGAAAUCUGAAAUCUGAAAUCUAGGCAGGAAGACGCUCUGAAACGCGGCGAGGAGGCUCUCUCAAGCACCAAGAGUUCCGGCGGCGAAGCCGGCGGUCUUCUCGGGCCGCUCAAGAACCUCGCGUCGCGAUUCCUGGGCCACGCGGCUCAAGAAACCGAGCAGACCUUUCAGACUGGGAUGGACGUCCCGAUCAACACGCAGGAUCAGCCCGCCGCUGACGUGUCAGGUGAUAAGCAGGCGCGUCUAGCUUCAAGUGUCAGCGAGGCUGCCACAAAGCGAGGUUCGGAGAGUGGCUCGGGACGAGGGGAGGCUGCUGGGGAGUCGGCUGCCGGGGAGUCGGCUGCCGGGGAGUCGGCUGCUGGGGAGUCCGCUGCUGGGGAGUCCCAGCAGCAGGAGAUGGCGCAACGUGCAGAGCGCAGUGCAGGGAUGGCGAAGGAGAGCGCUAAGGAGGAGGCGGGUAAGGCGACUUACGAGGCGAGCGGAUGGGACGCAGCGAAACGCGGCGUUCAAGAGACUGGAGAGGCGGUGAAGCAGUCGGCGAAAGAAACGUCGGAAUCGGUGAAGCAAUCGGCGCGUGGAUCGACUGAGGUCGCGGGGAGGAAGGCGAGCGACAUUGGCGACGCGGGGCGCGAGCGGGUUGCGGGCGAAGUGGCGGAGGCCAAGGAAGGCGCAGCGGAGGCGGAGAGGAGAGCGGCGGAACGCACGCGUGCCGUGGGGGAGACCACGGGGAAGGCGUACGAGGGGGGUAUGGCGGAGAUGGAGGAGGCGAAGGGGAGGGCCGGAGCGGCGAGGGAGGAGGCGGGGAGGCAGGCGGAAGAGGCGCGGAAAGCGGCGGGCAAGCAGGCGGAGGACAGCGCGCAGGGAGUGAAACAAAUCGCGCAGGAGGCGCAGGUGGAGGCGGUGGCGGCGGGGGAGAAGGCGCAAGGGUCGCUGGAGACGAUGGCGGAGCGUGCGCGGCAGGUUAUGGAGCGCACUCUGGAGGGCAUCCAGGAAAGCCUCGAGGUGGGCAGGGAGCGCACCGCGCAGGCCGCCGAGACGGCGAGGGAGGCCGGGCACGAGGCUUACGAGAAGGGGAAGGUGUUGGCGACUGAAACGAAAGACGCAUCUGUUGAGAAUCUCGAGGCGGCAGCGGCUGUGACGGCAAGGGGACUUGGGAAGGCGGCCGGCACCGUGGAAGGAGCAGCAGAGGCGGUUGGCGAGAGUACCAGAAAGGGAGUGGAGGCGGCAUCUGAGCGCACGGCGGAAGGCCUUGAGUCCGCGGAGGAGGGCGCAAAGGACGCGUACAAGCGCACAACAGAAAACAUCUCCGCGUCUGCCGCUGGCACACGCGACCGCACGGCAGAAGGCUUGGAAUCCGCGGAGGAGGGGGCAAAGGACGCGUACGCGCGCACCGCGGAGAACAUCUCUGCGUCUGCCACUGGUGCGCGCGACACUGGCGCAGCCGCGACGGGGACCUUCGCGGGGACGCUGGGGCAGAUGUUCCACUCUUUCGCGGAGACCCUGGGGGUUGCGGGGAAGCAGAGCGCGGCGGACGUACCAUCGGCGCAGCAUCCGCCCGCCGCUGACAUGGAAACGCACCGCCCGCAAUGCGACCUGGAAGGCGGCGGGCGUUCCGCCACCCAUGAGCCUGACCGCACGCCUGCCAGCCUCUCCGCGCGCACAAGGGCGGAAGGGGAAGAGCAGGCAGCGGGUGAUGCUGGUGGUGGCGGUGCUGCUGCUGGCACGGUGGCCACGGAGACAGUAGCCGGCAGGUCGGCAGUCAAGUCCCCAGACUCGGACGAGAGGGGCGUGUUUGGGGGGGGUGGCAUCCCCGCUGCGAAGAGCGUCCCCUGGGACCAGGUGGAGGUGGGGGGAGGAGCAGGGGAGGAGGGGGGGGUUGACAGGAGGCAGCAGGUGGAGAUGCUUAAAGGGGGGGCGAGGGAGCCCCUCUGUAGAAUCACAAAAGCGGUUAUGGAUAAGUCUGGGAUAGAGACGGUGGAGCCUAAGAAUCGCAUUGCCAAGGAGAACACAAUGGCGCCGAAAAUCGCUGGGCACAGGGAGGAGCUGGGGAUUCGUGGGGCGGCAGGCGAGGAGGGGAAAGGAGAGGAAGGCACGGGAGGUGGAGGAGGGGGAGGAGAAGGAGGGGGAGGGGGAGGAGGGGAGGAGGAGGAGGGGGAGGAGGAGGAGGGGGAGGAGGAGGAGGGGGAGGAGUGGGAGAAGGGGUAGGGGAAGAGGGAAGGCAACUUGUGCAGCAUUUUCCGGGGAUACAGCUGCCAGGGAGUGUGAGGGAGUUGGUGGACAAGGCCCAUAUGGGGGAUCUGGUGGAACAAGCCAAGGUGCGCCGGCACAGCGUGAAGCACGCGGGAGUGCUGGAGUCAGUGGCGACCGCUGCUGAGUAUGUUAAGGACGCCAUGGUGGGGAAGAGGGAUGUUUCAGGAGGGGGGGACCAGGCGAGUGCAAAGAUGGCUGAUCCUGAGCUGGGGAGGGCGGUGAAGGAAGUCCAGGAGAAGGAAGCAACACGGAAGGAGCAGUGAGGAGCGGUGAAUAGCGGUAAGGAUGGCAAGUUCUGUGGCUGGGGAAGCUGGUGAAGGAAUUCCAGUAGACGGAAGCAACACGGAAGGAGCAGUGAGGAGCGGUGCAGAGUGGUUAGGUUGGCUAGUACUGUGAGUGGGUGCGUUGGUGGGGGGGUGCCAGGCACAGCAUGCAGUACGCUAGGGGUGUUGGGAGCCAGUGGUGACCGCGGCUCGAGUAUGUGGAAGAUUUAGGGUGGGGAAGGGAAGAGUGACCUUUCGGGUGGAGGGAUGAGUAGAGUGCCAAAUGGGCGUCGCUGAAGAGAAGCCUUUGAUUGAAGGAGCACGCAAGGGACAUGCUUGGUUAGGCUUUCUGGGGUAACUCUGCUGAGGAAUGCUGCUGGAAUCACCCUAUUUUCUUUCAUGUUCUUUUUGUAUAUAAUGUACAUACAUGCUGACGU